AUGAAAUUUACAGGAUCUCCAAUCAAAUUAAAGGUGUCCCAGGGUCAACCCGUCAAACUAAAUUGCAGCCUCGAGGGAAUGGAAGAUCCCGAGAUGUUGUGGAUCAAGGACGGAGCAGUGGUGCAAAGCGUAGACCAGGUGUACAUUCCAGUAGAUGAAGAACACUGGAUCGGCUUCCUCAGCUUGAAAUCCGUCGAGCGGACAGAUUCUGGGAAGUACUGGUGCCAGGUUGAGAACGGGGGGAAGAAGGAAGAAUCACAGCAAGUGUGGCUCAUAGUGGAAGGUGUGCCCUACUUUACUGUGGAACCUGAGGAUGUGUUCGUGUCCCCUAAUGCCCCAUUUCAUAUGGCCUGUGCUGCUGUUGGUCCCCCUGAACCAGUGACAAUUGUCUGGUGGAUGGGAGACUCUAGAGUGGGGCCUCCAGACAUCUCCCCCUCCAUCUUAAAUGUGUCAGGUAUUAAUCAAAGCACAGUUUUCUCCUGCGAAGCUCACAACAUAAAGGGAUUGUCUUCAUCUCGGACAGCCACUGUUCAAAUUAAAGCCAUGCCUCUCCCACCUCUCAAUGUAACUGUAAGCCAAGUCACCAGCAGCAAUGCCAGCGUGGUCUGGGUGCCAGGAUUUGAUGGCCGCGCACCUCUCCACUCUUGCACUCUUCAGGUAGCAGAGUCACCAGAUGGCCAGGCGGUCUCCACUGAAGUCACUCCAGUGCCCCCCUUUGCCUACGGCGUGCAAGGUCUGAAGCAUUCCACCAACUACAGUGUUCGUGUGCAGUGCAGCAAUGAGAUGGGCAGCUCCCCUUUCACUGACAGGGUUUAUUUCCAGACCCUGGAGCUUGCUCCAAGCAGCACCCCACAAAAUAUCCAUGUUAUCCAAAGAGAUCCUGGUCUGAUUUUGGAGUGGGAAGGUGUGGCUCCAGACGUGCUGAGAGAAAAUGUCCUGGGAUACAGGCUGGAAUGGAUUCAGGAUAAUGUAACUCAGGGGGAGAUGAUCGUACAGGAUACAAAAGCUAACCUCACAACGUGGAAUCCUCUCAAAGACCUGAUCAUCAGGGUGUGUGUGCUGAACUCUGCAGGAUGCGGGCCCUGGAGUGACCUCUUCCUGCUUGAAGCCCAAGAGGUCAUGGGUGGCCAGAGACAACCUCCUUAUGGGACUUCCUGGGUUCCUGUGGCAUUGGGCAUUCUCACAGCUCUGGUCACGGCUGUUGCCCUGGCUCUUAUUCUCCUUCGAAAAAGAAGAAAGGAAACUCGGUUUGGCCAUGCCUUUGGCAGUGUGGUUGGCAGAGGGGAUCCAGCAGUCCAUUUCAGAGCUGCCAGGUCUUUCAACAGGGAGGGCCCAGAGCUCAUUGAAGCAACAUUGGAAAGUGUGGGGAUCAGUGAUGAGCUGAAGACAAAACUCAAAGAUGUUCUAAUCCAGGAACAGCAGUUCACCUUGGGAAGAAUGUUGGGCAAGGGGGAGUUUGGGUCAGUUCGAGAGGCACUACUGAAGCUAGAUGAUGGCUCUUUCCAGAAAGUGGCAGUGAAGAUGCUGAAAGCGGACAUCUUCACUUCGACUGACAUUGAGGAGUUCUUGCGAGAGGCUGCAUGUAUGAAGGAGUUUGACCACCCGCACGUCACUAAACUGAUCGGAGUCAGUCUACGGAGCCGUCCCAAGGGCCGUCUCCCAAUUCCCAUGGUGAUCCUGCCCUUCAUGAAGCAUGGAGACCUCCAUGCUUUUCUAUUGAUGUCACGGAUUGGGGAAAACCCUUUUAACUUGCCUGUUCAGACACUCCUCAAGUUCAUGAUUGACAUUGCCAGUGGGAUGGAGUACUUGAGCUCAAAAAAUUUCAUACACAGGGACCUUGCAGCUCGGAACUGCAUGUUGGAUGAAAACAUGAAUGUGAGUGUUGCAGACUUCGGGCUUUCUAAGAAAAUCUACAGUGGAGACUACUACCGUCAGGGCUGUGCUUCCAAGCUGCCAGUGAAGUGGCUUGCUCUGGAAAGCCUGGCGGAUAAUCUGUACACAACACACAGUGACAUUUGAAAUUGGGCUUUUGGGGUGACCAUGUGGGAGAUUGUGACUCGAGGGCAAACCCCUUAUGCUGGCAUUGAGAAUGCAGAAAUCUACAACUACCUCAUCAGUGGGAACAGGCUGAAGCAGCCGCCGGAGUGCCUGGAAGAUGUCUACGAUCUCAUGUGCAGAUGUUGGCAUCCUGAGCCCAAGCUACGCCCCAGCUUUGGAGUGCUCCGGUCCCAGCUGGAAAUGAUUCGGGGGAGGAUGUCCACACUCUCUUCCAGUCAAGAUCCUCUGUAUGUCAACAUUGGGAAGGACAAAGAGGCAUCUGCGAGUGACCCUGCCCUGCACGCUUCCUUUGGAAACACGGACGGUGAAGAGACUGUUGCUGGGGCAGCUGCUGCUGUCACAAGUGACUAUCGCUACAUCAUGAGCCCCUUGUGCCUUGGAGAUGGUGCCGAGGGUGAAAGUCAUCCAGAUGGGCAGGAAGGGGAGGACAAAAGCCUUCUGUAUCAGCUGGAGACAGAAGGAGAGAAAAGUUGUUAG